AUGACUCUUACCCCAGAGGCCUUUGCCCAGGACGCAGCACCACUCAUACGUCAGACCAACGACCAGAGUGCCCUCUUUUCUCCAAUAUGCCGUCAUGGCUGUGCCUUCGACCCGGCCAUCUUCAAGAAGGUCAUGCUGAACCUGAUUCAGAACCCAAACCUCCUGUCAAACUGGCUGUUCAGGGCGGACCUGAUCGCCGAGCACGAAGGCUGCGACGAUGAGGUUGUGCUUGAGGGCGUCCCGGAGUCUGAAGGGCUGCGGCCGGUCAUUCCGCAGAUCGACGGUUUCCAGCGUGGCAGGGUCAUCGUCCGGCGGCUCAUCCCAAGGAACGCCAAGCGAGACAGGCCCCUACUCCAAACGUGUAUCUUCUACAACGACACUUCGGUCUUGGCGGAUGCGGCACCCCAAAAGACGCUCGUUGUUUACUUGCCGCACAUCGCUACCGUGGAAGAGAUUCCCUUCUACCACCCCAAAGUGCGAGGCCUGGGCUACCUGCACGAGUGGAAUCCGGCCGAGAGCAAGGGCACCGUUUCCAUCCACUACCGCUUCCUGAGUGACGAGGACAGGAUAGCAAGGCCCGUCAAGCUGGAGCGGACCGCGCUCAUGAUGAUCAGUGUCAUCCACAAGCACGGCGAGGGCAAGCGCACUGGCUAUGUCAAACGGGUCCAUCAUGACCAGCUGGUGCCUCAAGCGACUGUCCAGGACUGCUAUCACGAUCUCAAGGACCGCUAUGCUAGAGAUCUGCUUGGCAGUUGGAGAGAGAAUACCGACCCGGGGAAGCAUGUGUUUGAAGAUCUGUCUAUUGCCGCAUUCCUCAUUGAGCUGUGGAGAGAAAUGUACAAGGACCAGCCGUUUCCGGGGUUCGUGGACAUUGGCUGUGGCAACGGGCUGCUGACCUACCUUUUGAACAAGGAGGGUUACAAAGGCUGGGGAUUCGAUGCAAGGGCGCGUAAAUCCUGGGACAUUUACAACGACGUCGUUGUCGAUGCCGAUGGCAAGAAGUCUAGCACCCUGCAAGAGCGUGUCCUCCUGCCCUCGAUCGUUGCGAUGCCUGCCACGGAAGAAAGCGACAAGGAAUGUGUUGACAACGAAAGAUUCCAGGAUGGUCGAUUCCCCAAAGGCACGUUCAUCGUCUCCAAUCAUGCUGACGAGCUCACACCCUGGACACCGAUUCUCGGCGCCAUAUCGGACUGCCCGUGGAUCUCCAUACCGUGCUGCAGCCACAAUCUGACUGGCGCCAAGUUCAGAGCUGCUCCGCCAAAGGACAAGUCCAAAGGAGGUUCCGCGUAUGCGUCCCUCACGGAAUGGGUGGCGGACAUUGCCGCUGACUGCGGGUGGGUAGUCGAGCGGGAGAUGCUGAGGAUACCAAGCACGAGGAACGCGGCUCUCGUUGGCCGGAAGCGAACACAACCUGUCGAGUCUGUCGACAUUGACGAGAUCAUAUUGAAGUACGGGGGAACUCAAGGCUACUUCGAGAACGCCAUGAAACUUGUCAAGACCGGGCCCCGCUCCCAUUGA